AUUAAUUUACUCUUGAUUAUAUAUCAAAUAUAAUAAUAAUAAUAAAAAUAAAAAUGUAGACAUAUCCAAAUGCCCAUAAAAACCCUCAUUCCCAACCCUACUUUCCAAUUCUUUCCCUUCAAAUAUUUGUUUUCCAAUUAAAAGGGACAGACCAAUCUUUGUUCAUCGAUCUUGAAAGCAACCCAUCGACUGUUUCUUAAAUUUAUUUAUUUAGUUAUUCUUAAAUAGGGUUUUUUGAUUAAAUGAAAAAUUAGGGUUUAUUUGAGGGUAGUGUUAAUUAGCUUGAAUAGUGUGUUUGCAAAGUGGAUCAUUCACGGCAUGGAAAGAGGUCAGCCACGGCGGAGCUAGGCGGCGGCGCCGGUGUUAGCUCCGCCGCAAUGUUCCCUGGCCUCACUAGAAUUCUCGGCGGCGCCGCCGCCACCUUUGAUGAAGCUUUUGUCCCUCCUUCCGCCUUGCCGCCGCCGCAGGCUAAUCAAGAAACUAGCCAAGAUCCAGGAACCAUAAAAAAACACUAUCGCGGCGUAAGGCAAAGGCCGUGGGGCAAAUGGGCGGCGGAAAUCCGCGAUCCUAAAAAAGCAGCACGCGUUUGGCUCGGAACAUUCGAUACGGCUGAAGAUGCCGCUUUAGCAUACGAUGACGCCGCUCUUAAAUUCAAAGGAACUAAGGCCAAACUCAAUUUUCCCGAGCGUGUCCAAGGCACGCCCGAGUUGCGUUAUAUUAGUGAUCAUCCCCAAAUCGAUAUAUAUAAUCAAGGUGCACCGGUCGUGGGAGCAAGCUCCGGACCGGGUGUUAGCUCGAUGCACGACGCAUUCCCGGGGCUUCAACAAUACGCGCAGCUGUUGUCUUCGAGCAACGAUGCGGAGUUACCUUAUUUGACGACGGCUCUUUACGGGAACAAUAAUAAUAAUCCGUCGUUCGGGUACGAUUAUUCGGUUAAUUCUUCGUCUCAUCAACAACAAUAUUACAAGGAGAAUAUUGAGCAUAAUCAAUUUGGAGGAUGGGAAGGGGAAGAAGAUUAUGGCAAGUAUUUCGACUAUUAUAAUCAGAAUCAAUAUCACGAUCAGAAUCAGAAUUGAAUAAUGUAAUAAUGUAUGCAUUUUGAUAUAUCCUAUCGAGAUUUUAUGAGCAAUUCGAUUUUAGAUGAUAAUGAUAUAUAUAUAUAUAUUUAGUGAGCAUGUGUAUUUUAAACAUGUUUUGUAUGUUUAAUUUGAUAUUUUUAAGGAAUAUAUUUACAUUUAGUGAUG